AUGUUUUCAUCAUCGCGACUUCGUCACUUUGCGCUGACCGUGACGGUCAGACUACCGCGCCGCUCAUCCUUCUCAUCCUACCGCUCCUCGACCAGGGAGAUCCUGCGUCUGGGCGCCCCUCGCAGCGGCCCUCUCCUGCUCUUCUCACCGGGUCACGUGCUCGGGUACGACCCGCUGCUGAAGGUGGCUCGCUGGGUGUGUGAGCGCCUCGUCCAGGACGGUUCCGGCUCUGCCCGAGCCCACGGCCGCCGGCCCGGGUUCCGAGCCGACCCCCGUCUGUCCCCGCAGGCAGCCGCCCGACCGUUUGACCUGCGCGGCAGCGGCUUCAAUCGUGGCCACCUGGCGGCGGCGGCCAACGCCACCUGUCGGCGCUCACUGCAGUUCAGCUUCCUAAUGUCAAACGUGGUGGCGCAGCCGGCGGCGGUGAACGGAGGCGUGUGGCGGCGCCUGGAAGGUCGCGCCCGCGCCCUGGCCGCCUUAGGUCCGGUGUGGGUCACCUCGGGUCCACUGUUUGUGCCGCGGGUGGAGGCGGACGGCUCCGUGGCCCUGCACGUGCCUCUGGUGGGCGCCAGCCGGCUGCCGGUGCCCACUCAUCUCUUCAAGCUGCUCGUGUACCACGGGAAGGGCGGCCAGCUCACCUCGGAGGCAUUUGUGGUGCGGAACGGACCCGAAAACGGCGCAGAGGCGCUCCGGGAGUGCGCUGUCACUGUGGAAGAGCUGGAGCGACUCAGCGGUCUGCGGCUGCUGCCCCGGGUCCGCAGGAGGGAGCUACACCAGCUGACUGCCGCAGACUUGUGA